ACAAAAAUGAGUGAAAACAAAAAUUCCUCUACUGAAAACCCAUACGCCAUACAACACCAAUUUGACUGUGAGGCUCUAAUUUGCCAAAGAUAACAUGGCCCCGACACAACUUCCCUGGACAAAAACCUCACCAUGAAGAAAAAGCUUAAGCUUGAAGAUGAUCAAAAAGAGCUUGAAAUCAUCAAGGCUGUGGCGCAAGCCUGGCACGCCCAUUCUGGUGGUUCUAGACCCACCAAUGAGUUUGACGCUCAUCGACGAAAUUUUAGAACUCAGCCCUCAAGAUUCAAGCUAGAAGCAAUCAACAAGUCGUCAUUGCCGCCUAAGGACACCAGUAGGAGUGCAAAUUGGGAUUUCAGGCAAUCACUGUGGGACUCGUACGAGCUCGUGACUGUGUCCAAAAAGUUAGAGGUGGGGCUAGUUUUAGAUUAUCCUUUUUCUGGGUUAAAUGAUCCUGUUCAGGUCCCUAGGAGGCGCAGAGAGAGUAAGAAUAGCCUUAGAAAUUUAUUUAAUCGUUUAUCUUCCAGGAGAUUCCAUGAUGCUCAAGCUCCUGUUACUUAUGAAGAUGAUACUCAAUUUUGAUUU